CUCAGUGGAGUAACCCUCAAGUGACUCCUGCGAUGUCACAGUUUCCAGCAGCAGUCGGGAACCAAUCGUUUGCUCCUGUAAAUGAGGCUAGUUCUAUGCAGCACGCCGCCAGGUCCGGCACUCCUUUGGGCGGAGAAGCGGCCUCCUCUUCGCAAGGUCGCGUGGAUCCGAAACAAAUCCCAAGUGUACCUAGGUCUCGAGACCGACCGGCGAAAUAUUACCUGGAACACGUGUACCCCACUAUGGAGCAGCAUGUUCCACCUCCAGCUGCCGUUCCUUUCGUCGCGUUCGAUCAGGGGAACUCGUCACCGAAAUUUGCAAGACUGACUCUAAAUAAUAUCCCCGGCUCCUCGGAUGCAUUGGCCUCAACUUCUCUACCCCUAGGUUUGAUCCUCCAGCCUCUUGCGCCGCAGCAAGAGGGCGAACAACCAAUACCAGUGCUCGACUUUGGCGAAAUAGGACCUCCGAGGUGUCGGAGAUGUAGAGCUUACAUCAACCCUUUCAUGACGUUCCGAUCCGGCGGCAGCAAAUUCGUAUGCAACAUGUGCACAUUCCCGAACGACGUCCCAGCGGAAUAUUUCUCCCCAACAGAUCCAUCCGGCGUGAGAGUGGAUAGACUACAAAGACCUGAACUAUCAUUAGGGACAGUGGAGUUUAUGGUUCCCAAGGAAUAUUGGGCAAAGGAACCUGUCGGCCUUCGCUGGCUGUUCUUGAUUGAUGUCAGUGCUGAAGCAGUUAAUCGCGGAUUUCUUGAUGGAUUUUGCGAAGGAAUAAUAAGCUCUCUAUAUGGGAGCACCGAUAAACAAUCAGACCAGCCGGACACCCCAGCUACGCGGAAUUUACCAGUCGGCGCAAAGGUGGGCAUCGUAACGUUCGACAAGGAAAUCCAUUUCUACAAUCUUGGUGCCGGCUUGGAUCAGGCACAAAUGAUGGUCAUGCCUGAUAUUGAGGACCCAUUUGUACCAUUGAGCGAAGGCCUAUUUGUAGACCCCGAGGAGUCGAAAGACGUGAUCACUUCACUGCUCACACAAUUACCGAGCAUGUUCCGAGAGAUAAAAAAUCCAGAGCCCGCUUUACUGCCAACGCUUAAUGCAGCUGUCUCUGCAUUGGGUGCAACAGGAGGGAAAAUAGUAUGCUCUCUAGCUGCUCUUCCCACAUGGGGUCCAGGUGCUCUGUUUAUGCGCGAUAAUGGCAGUAUGCAUGCAAACGAUGCGGAGAAGAAACUACUUACAACGGAGCAUCCUGGAUACCGAAAGGUAGCGACGAAAAUGGUCGAAAGCGGGAUUGGCGUAGAUUUUUUCAUGGCGGCGCCCAGCGGUGGCUAUCUCGAUAUAGCUACUAUUGGCCAUGUGUCUGCUCAUACCGGUGGUGAAACUUUCUAUUACCCCAACUUCCAUUCUCCACGGGAUACGCUGAAGCUGUCGAAAGAGAUCAAGCAUACUGUGACGCGAGAAACGGGUUACCAGGCUCUAAUGAAAGUUCGCUGCUCCAACGGCCUCCAGGUUUCGGCGUAUCACGGCAACUUCUACCAUCACACUUUCGGAGCCGAUCUUGAGUUUGGCGUCAUUGAUGCGGACAAAGCAAUAGGUGUUAUGUUCAGCUAUGAUGGCAAGUUGGAUCCAAAGCUAGACGCUCAUUUCCAGAGCGCUUUACUCUACACAACCGCCAACGGGGAGCGAAGGGUACGAUGUCACAAUAUCGUUGCUAGUGUUAGCGAAGGGACCGGGGACACCAUGAAGUUUGUGGAUCAAGAUGCAGUGGUCAAUAUCAUUGCGAAAGAAGCCGCAGCUCGUAUGGCGGAGAAGUCCCUCAAGGAUAUCAGAGGGGCCCUCACUGAGAAGACGGUGGACAUUCUGGCGGGAUACAGGAAGAACUUUAUAGGAAACAACCCGCCUGGCCAACUAGUUCUGCCCGAGAACCUGAAAGAGUUCAGCAUGUACAUACUCGGAUUGAUCAAGUCCAGAUCUUUCAAGGGAGGCAAGGAGCCCACGGACCGGAGGGUACACGACAUGAGGAUGAUCAAGGCCAUGGGGUGCCUGGAACUGUCGCUCUACCUUUACCCGAGAAUACUAUCGAUUCACAACCUCGACGAAAAGGACGGCUUCCCCAAUGAGAACGGCCACCUUCGCAUGCCAGAUGCCGAGCGGGCGUCAUACUCCCAGGUCGAAGAAGGAGGUGCGUACAUCGUCGACAACGGCCAAACAUGCCUCUUGUGGAUACAUGCCCAGGUUUCACCAAAUCUCUUGGAAGACCUAUUUGGAGAAGGGAAGACCACCUUGAAGCAAUUGGAUGCAUUCCAAUCCACACUACCUGUCCUUGAAACGCACUUGAACGCCCAGGUCCGGAACAUUCUGCAGUACCUCGAGGAUGCGAGGGGCUCGAAAGCCCUGACUCUGCAACUUGCGCGGCAAGGUCUUGAUGGAGCGGAGUACGAGUUCGCACGACUGCUCUUCGAGGACCGGAACAACGAGGCACAGAGCUAUGUGGACUGGCUGGUGCAUGUGCACCGCCAUAUCCAACUGGAGGUAAGCACCGCGGGCUAGUAAAGCAGAGCGCAGUCCUGACUAACCCGCGCGAUUAGCUUGCGGGACAGCGAAAGAAGGACGAUUCAGGAGAUGGGCUGGCGCAAUCAGCGUCUAGUUUUGUGGGAUUGCGGAC